GGGCCCCACGCCCCUCCGCCGCCUGCCGAUCCGCGCGAGCGUGCGUGACUCCGGGUCUCCUGCGCCAGCGCCGCCCCUUCCCCGUUCUCCGUGCCUGAGCAGCCGCACAGAGUUGAGGAACAGGGAGGCCCGAGCCCAUCUCCGCAGCCGGCGACCGCGGAACGGGAACGGACUCUACCUGAAGCUUAACCCUAGGGCGAGAGAGAGGUCAGCCGCAGCCGGAGGCGAUGGAGGUGGUGGCGCUGGUGAGCGGCGGCAAGGACAGCUGCUUCGCCAUGAUGCGAUGCAUGGACUACGGCCACAAGGUUGUCGCCUUGGCUAAUCUUAUCCCCCUCGACGACUCCGUCGAUGAGCUCGACAGCUACAUGUACCAAACUGUUGGGCACCAGAUUGUGGUGAGCUACGCGAAAUGCAUGGGCCUGCCUCUUUUCCGGAGGCGCAUUCGCGGAUCCACAAGGGAUCAGGGCCUCAAGUAUAGUGUCACAGCAGGUGACGAGGUAGAAGAUAUGUUUGCUCUGUUGAGCGAGGUUAAACGGCAAAUUCCAUCCAUCAGCGCAGUGUCGUCAGGUGCAAUCGCAUCUGAUUACCAGAGGCUCCGGGUUGAGAGCGUUUGCUCGAGGCUGGGCCUGGUCUCACUGGCGUAUCUAUGGAGGCAGGAUCAGACUUUGCUCCUAGAGGAAAUGAUAAGAAGGGGCAUCGUGGCAAUAAUUGUGAAGGUUGCUGCACUGGGGCUGAAACCUUCUUCUCACUUAGGUAAAGAACUGGCUGAACUUAAGUGUCAUCUGCUCCAAAUGAAUGAGAGUUAUGGAAUCAAUGUGUGUGGUGAAGGUGGAGAAUAUGAAACACUAACUCUUGACUGCCCUCUAUUUCGUAAUGCAAGAAUUAUUCUCGAUGACUCUGAAGUGAUACUACACUCUGCUGACUCCAUUGCUUCUGUUGGAAUUCUUCAUCCACGAGCAUUUCAUCUUGAGCACAAGCUAGAUUCAUAUGAUAGAAUUGAGGAUGGUCCUGUCACUCAAGAGAGUUCUAGUUGUCUAUAUGAGGUUGAUGAAGUUAUCACUCACACUGAUGUGGAAGAAAAGCAGUCCCCAAGUCCAGCUGUUGAUGCUUGUGCCAAUAUAGACCUAUGUAUCUCAAAGACAGGGAAGAAUUUACGUUCAAUUGGCUGUUGGAUUCAGGAUCCGUCCAGAGCUUCGGAAGGCCUGAAGGCAGACCUUGUAGCAGUUUUGAGCAGAAUUGAAAAUCAGCUCAAGGAAGAAGGGUUAGGUUGGGUGAAUGUUUUAUAUGUUCACCUCUACAUUUCAAGCAUGAAGGAAUUUGGAUUGGCCAAUGAAGUUUAUGUCAGCUUUAUUACGGAAAAGAAAUGCUACCUGGGUGUUCCUUCGCGCAGUACAAUUGAGUUGCCACUAGUUCAGGCUGGGUUGGGCAAAGCAUAUGUGGAAGUUCUAGUUUCAAAUGAGGUGGUAAAGAGAGUUCUACAUGUGCAAAGCAUCUCCUGCUGGGCUCCUAGUUGCAUUGGACCUUAUAGCCAGGCAACUCUUUACGAAGAGAUUCUCUAUAUGGCUGGUCAGCUGGGGCUUGACCCUCCUACGAUGAAGCUCUGUCCUGGAGGUCCAAGAGCUGAACUAGAAUUAGCACUACAAAAUACUGAAGCUGUGGCUAAUGCCUUUAGCUGCUCUAUAUAUUCCUCGGCCAUACACUUUCUGGUGUACUGCUCUGCACAGUUGACAUCCAGUGAGAAGGAAGAAGUUGAACAGACAUUGAAAAGUUCUUAUAUUGCUCGUUUGGAUUGCUUAAAAGCUGUAUCAUCUCCAACUGUUCUAUAUGUAUUUGCACCAGAUCUUCCAAAAGGAGCACGUGUGGAGAUAAAGCCUAUAUUGUAUGUCCCCUCCAAUGAUGAUGGGGUUGUUACCAUAGAGAUGGAGACUGGAGUUCCACUGCCAGCAGUGAGCAAAGCUUGGACUGAUUGCAGUGCACUAUACUCUGAGUUGCGUGAUUCAUGUUGCCAGGUCCACACAAUUGGUGGGAGAAUUUGUUCUGCUGUGGUGUCGAUAACAGAUGAUAUCGCAUCGAAGAUCUGUUCUACAGCUGGACAGCUAUACCACAGAGAGAAUUUGAAAACUAUGGCUAGAUUCUGUGCUUUCCAGAUCGCGAAGAUCCUGGAAGAUAACAAAUUUUCCUGGGACAGUAUAACGAUGUUGAGGUUCUACUACUCGGUAGAUCUCUCCAUGGCGGCAGAUGCAUUACGUGGAGCUUUUUCCGAGGCAUUUGCUGAGCUUGCGGAAGACAACAGUUCCAUGAGAACUGACAAAAUUCCUUUCUACAACAUUGUGCCCGUAGCCGGAUCUGGCCGCUCUGCAUGUACGAACGAUAUAAUGACAUGCGAGUUAUUGGCUUCCAACAUUUCGAGUGCAUAGUCCAAACCCAGUGUACACACGCUGAUUGAAUUGUUCGCUGUGAUGUCUGCUGGGAUGAAGCUUUCCUUGGGAAGAAAUUGGAUGUGGGUACAUGUUGGAAUUUCUGCCAGCUGGACGACGACAGUUAAGCAGCUUCUUCUAGGGUUGGCAGCGGUAGCUUUUUGUGCUGAUGAUCGAUAAAAAAAUUCGUAGGGUGAUCAUAGAUACACCAUACUUGCUGUAUUCUGUUUCUGCUUUUGUUACCACGUCCUAUACAUUGGCUUGACCUGAUGCUUGCAAUGACAUUGGCUCAGUAUACAAGGUCCGGACGGUCAGUAACGUGUGUAUGUGUUCUUCCUCUGUGUUGA